ACUUCUCCGGCGCGGAGCAUUCUGGGCUUGGGUGGGCGGCCCCGAGGCGGAGAACAGACGAGUUGCGGGUCCCUGAAACCGCUUCCAAGAUGAUGCCCACACCAGUUAUCCUGCUGAAAGAGGGGACUGAUAGCUCUCAGGGCAUCCCUCAGCUUGUGAGCAACAUCAGUGCCUGCCAGGUGAUCGCUGAGGCUGUCAGGACCACCCUGGGCCCCCGGGGCAUGGACAAACUGAUUGUGGAUGGCCGAGGCAAAGCAACAAUUUCUAAUGAUGGAGCCACAAUUCUGAAACUCCUCGAUGUUGUCCAUCCUGCAGCAAAGACUUUAGUGGACAUUGCCAGAUCCCAAGACGCUGAGGUUGGUGAUGGCACCACCUCAGUGACUCUGCUGGCUGCAGAGUUUUUGAAGCAAGUGAAGCCGUACGUUGAAGAAGGUUUACAUCCUCAGAUCAUCAUCCGAGCUUUCCACACAGCUACCCAGUUGGCUGUUAACAAAAUCAAAGAGAUUGCUGUGACUGUGAAGAAGCAAGAUAAAAUAGAACAGAGGAAGAUGCUGGAGAAGUGUGCGAUGACAGCCCUGAGUUCCAAGCUGAUCUCCCAACAGAAGGCCUUCUUUGCUGAGAUGGUGGUAGACGCUGUGAUGAUGCUGGACGAGUUGCUGCAGCUUAAGAUGAUUGGCAUCAAGAAGGUGCAGGGUGGAGCCCUAGAGGAAUCCCGGCUAGUGGCUGGUGUCGCAUUCAAGAAGACUUUCUCUUAUGCUGGGUUUGAAAUGCAGCCCAAGAAGUAUAAGAACCCCAAGAUUGCCCUCUUAAAUGUUGAGCUCGAGCUGAAAGCAGAGAAAGAUAAUGCUGAAAUCCGAGUCCACACGGUGGAGGAUUACCAGGCAAUUGUUGAUGCUGAGUGGAACAUUCUCUAUGAUAAGUUAGAGAAGAUCCAUCAGUCUGGAGCCAAAGUCAUCUUGUCCAAACUCCCUAUUGGGGAUGUGGCCACACAGUACUUUGCUGAUAGGGACAUGUUCUGUGCUGGCCGUGUACCUGAGGAGGAUCUGAAGAGGACAAUGAUGGCCUGUGGAGGCUCAAUCCAGACCAGUGUGAAUGCUCUGACUCCAGAUGUGCUGGGCAGCUGCCAGGUGUUUGAAGAGACCCAAAUUGGAGGCGAGCGGUACAAUUUCUUCACUGGCUGCACUAAGGCCAAGACAUGUACCAUCAUCCUUCGUGGAGGUGCUGAGCAGUUUAUGGAGGAGACGGAGAGGUCCCUGCAUGACGCCAUCAUGAUUGUGAGGAGGGCCAUCAAGAAUGACUCUGUGGUGGCUGGUGGUGGAGCCAUCGAGAUGGAGCUCUCCAAAUACUUGCGCGAUUACUCACGGACCAUUCCAGGGAAACAGCAGCUGCUGAUUGGGGCAUAUGCUAAGGCCCUGGAGAUUAUUCCUCGACAGUUAUGUGACAACGCUGGCUUUGACGCCACAAACAUCCUCAACAAGCUGCGGGCUCAACAUGCACAGGGAGGCAAGUGGUAUGGGGUAGACAUCAACAACGAGGACAUCGCCGACAACUUCCAGGCCUUUGUAUGGGAGCCAGCCAUGGUGCGCAUCAAUGCCCUUACAGCGGCCUCUGAGGCUGCGUGCCUGAUUGUAUCUGUGGAUGAGACUAUCAAGAACCCCCGAUCCACUGUGGAUGGUCCCCCAGGAGCCGCUCGGGGCCGAGGCCAAGGGCGCCUCCAUUGAGCGGCAGUCUGCACACCUCCCUGUGAGGUGAACUGUGGUUGAGGAAGUGGUUGAUUGGUCUGCUGUGUUCUCACUGGAGGUUAUUUAAAGAAAACGUAAAAAGUUA